GGAACCGUGCUAGAAUUCACGUAUAAAACCAAAUAUGAAUUUCGCAACAGUUUUGCUGUUAAGUGUGACUUUAUGCCACGGUCAGGACUUCGCUGCCACCGCCGGGCAGUUCUUACAAAGCAUGCUACCUACUUUGAUUACCAAUCAAAUAAAUCAUCAGACCCAAGGUCAACCAGGUACGAAUAUCUUUGUGCAAACAGACACUAAUGCCGAAAGAGAGGAGAUAAAAAACUAUGAAGAACUCUUGCGUCAAAUUCAAGACCAGACAUCCGACGAUGAUAUUCUACGACUCAGCGACGAGAUAUUUAAUGCGGAUACCAACAGCGUUUACGAUACUAUCCAAAUCAAUUUACAAGGGAAAACUACUCCAGCGUCCAAAAACGACGAGGCACCAUUUAAUCUAUUGUACGUACCAGCACAAAUAUGGAACGCUCCUACUAUCAAACCAUUCGUGGAUAUUUUCCACAAUUACCACAAAAACAUAAUUGUACCCGAAUUCUUCACGGAAAAUGAAGAAUCAGAACAAAUGACAUACAUAAACACAAUUUUGACCACUGGGCCUAUACGCAGUCUCAUGGCUUAUCUGGUCGAUAAAGGUCUAAACCAUCUGAGCGAAUAUAAGGAACAAGGAGGCCUGUUGAAGAAGAUCUGGUUCACUAAGUACGCGCGCCACUGGACGGGGUUUUGCAAGUGCAGUAGUCCCUUUGAGAAUAUAUUUUUGGCUGAAUUUAAUGGUGAUGAAGUAUUAGGUCUACGCAGCUGGCUGUUCUUCGCAAUGCGUGAACAAUACGGCAAAGCCAACUACCUGGGUUACAUCGACAUGCUCCACCUCCACGAUAAAGGCAUCAUCCUAAAGCACCACUCCAUUAUCAGCAUAACCAAGGACGCUCCUAUGCUUAAAAUGUUUAUCGGCACAUCGCCGGAACUUGAAAUGGCCUUAUACACACUUUGCUUCAUGGCCCGUCCAGACAAGCCUUGCGAAUUAAUUUACAAUAAUGUAACUUUUACCAUUUAUACUAAGACGAUUAAUGCAGAGAACACAAUUCUUAUUGACACUGCUUAUCCUGGAUUUUAAGUACAGGGACAUUACAUAGUUCAUUCCCUAAGAUAAAAAAUAUAAAUAUUAAUUUGUCAGGGCUCGAUCUGCACGUAGAUUACUUUUUCAUAUUUUUAUCUCUCUUAAUAAAAUUCUUAGUAUUUGUAUACAAAAGCAUUUUACCAUUGCUAGCUUCAUAAUAUAGGCCUCAAUUUCGAGAUAAUAUGAAAGAUGUGAUGAAAAUGGAAGUAAAUUACUUCGCUACUCCGCGAACUCAGGGAAGGUUAAAUAGUUGCGCUAGUGUUGAUGAAAAAAAAUUUAUGCAGUUAAUUUUGUCACCA